AGGUUAAUUCAUUUACUGUUGCAUUACUAAAACCAACACGUCAGGCCUAUAAAAAUUAUAGUUUAUUUAACGAGCAAGAAAACUAUAAGAAUGGCUCGAGGAAAAAUGGUAUUCAUCCUUCUGGGCGUGCCUGCCAGCAUUCUAUGCAUGCUCUCGCUAGGGCUCAGACUUCUCUCUACAAGGACUCAGGCAAUGUCCUCCGCGGCUUCUCUACACGUUAAAGCAAGGCUGUCAGAGUAUCCAGGUGCUACUGGUGGGACCAGCCGGUUAGAGGUACCGGAUGAUAAGGUGCAUUGGAGCGUGGAAUGGGGUGACUACAAGCCUGUAGAAUACACUGCACCGGCUGUACAAAAAGGACCAGUUUGGGCUGACCCUGAUAUAAAAGAAGGCGAAAGCUUGGCCACACCUAUCAGAUUUAAUGAAGUUGAUGGUAAAACAAAUCGUGUUAGUCACAUGGGAACUUAUGAUAUUAUAAACAGUCGUCCAAGGAAUCCAGCGGGAAGGACUGGAAUGACAGGGCGUGGCCUUUUAGGAAAGUGGGGUCCCAACCAUGCAGCAGACCCCAUCGUCACAAGGUGGUUGAGGAAUGACAAAGGAGAAAAGAUAAUGAAAGAUGGAAAGCCAGUACUCCUAUUUGUUGCCGUUAAACGCAAGGACAACGGACAAUGGGCAAUACCGGGGGGUAUGGUUGAAGCUGGCGACACAGUCUCUGCCACGUUGAAAAAAGAGUUUGGAGAAGAAGCCAUGAACAGCUUAGAAGCAAGCGAAGAAAGGAAGAAAGAGCUAGAAGGAUUAAUUAAUGAGCUAUUCAAAACAGGGACAAAAAUAUAUGCUGGAUAUGUGGAUGACCCAAGGAACACAGAUAAUGCUUGGAUGGAGACAGUGGCUGUCAAUUUUCACGACGAUGCAGGUACUGCUUUUGAUAGCAUCAAACUGGAAGCAGGAGAUGACGCUGGAGCUGUGGCAUGGACACAGGCAACAUCACAAAUGGAACUAUACGCGAGUCAUAAGGAAUUUAUAGAAAAGACAGUGCAACUAAGGGGAGGGGCUUGGUAACUAAGGGGCGUGGCUUAGAGGACGCAUGUAAUGACUGAAUGAUUUAGGAUUUUAAUAGCUAUUAUAUAUUUUAUAUACAAUUA